AUGGACGGAGCUCCUAGAGGUCGUGGCGCGAGAGGGCGCGGUGCUAGAGGUCGUGGCGGCAGAGCUGGUGGUAGAGCUGGAGGCCGAGCAGGCCGAGGUCGUGGUCUGGACUUCCGGAGGAGUCGGGAGAGAGUGUGGCACCGAGUGUGCAUACUGCGUCGUGGUGGGGUUGCUGACGCAGCUAUUGGCUCGUUUUCCGCCGGUGGUUCCACAGGGGCUCCAGGAGUACCACCAGUGGCAGAGGUGCAUCAUGUUGAGCGAGAUGUGGAGUCUCUAGUUGGCGAGAUCAGUACCUUGCGUUUGUGUGCCAUUUCGCAGGAGCCUUUGGGUUUAGAGGCAGUGGAUCAGGCGGAUCUACUUAGCAGGAUCAGAGUUGCUCAGCAGAGUGAUCAGAGUUUGCUGGAUGCGACUAGAGUGACUGGUUCUGAGUAUGAGGUCUCUGCGAAUGGGACUAUCUUGGUUCGUGGGCGAGUUUGUGUGCCUAAGGAUGUGGAGUUGAGACAUCAGAUUUUGGGAGAGGCUCACGCGAGCAAGUUUUCCAUUCAUCCGGGAGCGACCAAGAUGUACCAUGACCUCAAGAGGUACUAUCAUUGGGUCGGGAUGAAGAGGGAUGUAGCAGACUGGGUUGCGAAGUGCAACACUUGUGCCUUGGUGAAGGCAGAGCAUCAGGUUCCGGGUGGUCUUUUGCAGAGUUUACCCAUUCCAGAGUGGAAGUGGGACAGGAUUACGAUGGAUUUCGUGGUUGGACUACCUGUUUCGAGGACUUUCGAUGCUAUCUGGGUGAUUGUGGAUCGGUUGACUAAGUCCGCACAUUUCUUGGCCAUCAAGAAGACAGAUGGAGCUGCUGUCUUGGCUAGGAAGUUUGUGCGAGAGAUUGUGAGGCUGCAUGGAGUGCCAGCUAGUAUUGUGUCAGACCGUGAUCCCAGAUUCACUUCAGAGUUUUGGAGGGCGUUUCAGGCAGAGAUGGGCACUAAGGUGCAUCUGAGUACAGCUUAUCAUCCGCAGACAGAUGGUCAGUCAGAGAGGACUAUUCAGACUUUGGAGGAUUUGCUGAGGAUGUGUGUGUUGGAUUGGGGUGGCCAUUGGGCAGAUCACCUGAGCUUAGUUGAGUUUGCAUACAACAACAGCUUUCAGGCGAGUAUUGGCAUGGCUCCAUUUGAGGCUUUGUAUGGGAGGCCAUGUAGGACACCCCUAUGCUGGACCCAAGUGGGGGAGCGCAGCAUGUAUGGAGCUACUUAUGUUCAGGAGACGACAGAGAAGGUUCGUGUUGUGAGGCUGAACAUGAAGGAGGCUCAGGAUAGGCAGAAGAGUUAUGCAGAUAGACGCAGACGAGAGCUUGAGUUUCAGGUGGAGAUAGAGUUUAUCUCAAGAUGGCUAUGUUGA